AUGACACGUGGUAUUGGCGACGGCGUAUACGGUGACCAGCCCAGGGCCCCUUACUUUCCGGGUCAAGGGUCCUUCCAUGAACAGACGUAUCACUCAGAGUACUACAAGACGUCUGCGGCGAUCUCCGACGUCGAGGGCCAUGAAGUGAUGGUCAUUGGCUGCGCGAUAAGCGGCUACGUCUCGGCAGGCUUUCUAGUGCGAGGCGCCGAAGAGGUGGCCAUGGUUCACCGGCACCCCGGCUGCUCUAUCUUUCGGCACUUGUGA